AUGAUUCACUACGUUCUAAUACUCAACCGUCAAGGCAAAACCCGGCUCGCCAAAUGGUACAACAACAUACACACAGAAGCACACAAACAGGAGACAGUCAACGAGGUGCACCGGCUUGUGUCAACACGGGACCUGAAGCACCAGAGCAAUUUCGUCGAAUUACGCGAGAACAAGUUGGUCUAUAGACGGUAUGCGGGGCUCUACUUCAUAGUGCUGAUCGACUUCAUCGACAACGAGCUCAGUUAUUUGGAGUACAUCCACUUUUUUGUCGAGAUCUUGGACACGUACUUCGACAAUGUGUGUGAGCUCGAUUUGGUGUUCAACUUCUACAAGUUGUAUACCGUGAUCGACGAGGUGUUUCUAGGGGGCGAGCUCUUGGAGACCCUGAAAACAAGAGUCUUGCAGCGGCUCGAGCACAUCGACGAGAUCUCGGCCUAG